GCAAUUUAUACCCUGUUCACUCUGAGUGACUGAGUCUCUCGUGAAUGGCUCUUUCUUCCGUUGGAAAAUGGAGGAGAACCAUAGCAGUCUCAGCAGCAAUGGCUCCUCUUCCUCUAUCACAUACCCGAAGCUUCCGAUCAGACGCCGCCUUAGAAGCUCUAUCCAAAGCCUCCGACGAAAAAGUCCCCUACUUGCUUCUCUACAACUACCCUUCUUUCUCCGGCGCCUUCUCCGCUCUCUUCGCUCACCUCUUCCACUCUCGCCUUAACCUCCCUCUCCUCUCCCUCCCUUUCUCCUCCGUCGAACCCUUCAGGGUCGAUGAUUUGUGUACUCGAGGACUGGAGAGGUGCUACUUCCUUGAUUUUCUUGGCCCCAAAGGAUUUGCGGUCGAGUUUGCAAGGAGAGCUUCGUGCGAGGUAAUUGCUUUUGAUCAUCGAAAAUCUGUACUACCGGAGAUGCCCUCGGAUGAGGAUUGCCCGGACAAUCUCACAUUUCGAGUGAAUACUGAAAAGAGUAGCUCUAGUGCUGUGUAUGAUUACUUCUCUGCUAAGCUUGCUGAUGUUGAAUGUCAUAAUGGAAUGGAUGCAAGUUUGUUACAAGUUGAGGACAGGGAUCGUGUGGAGAUGGUGCUUAAGUACAUUGAGGAUGGAGAUCUCCGUCGCUGGAGCUUACCGGAUAUCAGGGCGUUUAAUAUUGGACUUAGUGAAUGGCGCUCAAAGUUGAAUUGCUUUACUAAUCCAUACAUGUAUGAACAGUUACUGGAGAUAAGUGCUACGGAUGUUAUUGCUAAGGGAAAGUCAUAUAUAUCUGCUCGCCAAAAGGCUGCAAAUAAGUUACUGGACAACGCUCUGAAAAUAAGGUUGGGCAGAGGAUUUUACGGGGAGUGUCUGGGAGUGAGAGCUGAUGGGAAUUCCGAGUUAAGUGAUGAAAUUGGCAAGCAACUUAGUGUAAAAAGUGCCGCUGCUGGCCUAAGUUUUGGAGGCCCUCAAUAUGUCAGAAUUGAUUCUACAAACAUUUUCAAACAGCUCUGGAGCUCACUCCUUUUCUCAUGCCAGGGUGAUCUUUUAGUAGUUGUGUCAUGCAUUGUUCUUGAUAACACUUACAGAUAACCUUUAGCUUCUCUAAUUCUUCUUUUGUUCUGGAAUCAGCUUCUCUCAUUCAUUUCACUUAAAUUUCUACAUUUUGAAGUUAUUACCCAGACAGAAUUUGCCUUUGGUUAGGAAACAAUGGUACUGGCAGAGAAACUUUCAUGUAUCACUGUGUCAUUAACAGACUUUUGGUUUAGUAACUUUUGAGAUGAAAUGCAAGCACGUUAAUUUUCAUUCUUGAAACUUGUUCAAAUCAUAUUGGUUAUUGACCCAAAGAAAUUAAUUGCAUUUUAAUAUAGUCAUUUACGAGUAAAAACUGAUAGCUUAACAUGUAAUGUAGGUUUUCCAUGCAUACAUUUUGGGUAAUUGGAUUUUAGAGUUCCAUUUGAAAUGUUUCUUGGCCUCUUAUAUGCUAUUGCCUGUAAGCUUGAUUGCUCUUUAUUUGCUAUCAAUUACCACUUAUAGUUUACAACUCAUCAAAUUUUAAGAUACCAUGUAGGUUUUAUGGAAUAUUGUCAUUGUCUGUCAAGUGAAUUCCUUGUCUUCUAUUUCUUGACUUCCAACUGUUCUUAAUAAAAGUAUGUUUCUAAUUUAAAAAAAUGAACAGAACAAAGAGAAGUCAUGUCAAUAAUCAAAUACAUUGUAUUUAAUGUUUUGUGGUUUUUUUAAUAAAUUGUGGCUUUGUUCUCAUAUACCUAUCCUUCUUUUGAAAUGACUCCAUC